ACUCACUACCACUUCGGCCCGCAGACCCCGCUCCUUUCCCCCGAGUGGAAGUGCCCGCCCCUCCUGCCCUGGCUUCUCAUUGGCCAGCUUCGGGGCUCGGAGCCCGCGGUGCGGCCGCUCCGCCUGAGGAGUCGGUUUGGGCCAUGAACUCUGGGGAGAGGAAGCUGGAAGCAGCAGGGCCCAGAGGCAGAAGGGCUCGCAGACCCCGGGAACAGGUGCGCCCCUGCCACCCUCACUCCCCAUGCCCGGUGGAAGGGGCGGACCGCGACGUGCAGCUGUCCAAGGCUCUGUCCUAUGCCCUGCGCCACGGGGCCCUGAAGCUGGGGCUGCCCAUGGGGGCCGGCGGCUUUGUGCCCCUGGGAGCCCUCCUUCAGCUGCCCCAGUUCCGCAGCUUCUCAGCGGAAGAUGUGCAGCGUGUGGUGGACACCAAUGGGAAGCAGCGGUUCGCCCUGCAGCCAGGGGACCCCAGCACCGGCCCUCUCAUCCGGGCCAAUCAGGGUCACUCCCUGCAGGUCCCUGAGUUGGAGCUGAUGCCCCUGGAGACCCCGCGGGACCUGCCCCCGAUGCUGGUCCAUGGCACAUUCUGGCAGCACUGGCCCUCCAUCCGGCUCAAGGGCCUGUCCUGCCGCGGAAGGACUCACAUCCACUUGGCCACAGGACUGCCUGGGGACGCUGGUGUCAUCAGUGGCAUGCGGCCAAACUGCCAAGUGGCCGUGUUCAUCAAUGGGCCCCUGGCCCUGGCAGAUGGAAUUUCCUUCUUCCGCUCUGUGAACGGGGUGAUCCUGACUCCCGGAAACGCUGAUGGCUUCCUGCUUCCCAAGUACUUCAAGGAGGCCCUGCAGCUACGGCCUACCCGAAAACCCCUCUCCUUGGCUGGUGAUGAAGAGACAGAGUGUCAGAGUGGCCCCCAGCACAGCUCCAGAGGAAGAAGGAUGAGCCAACAAUAAAAUAUUUAUUAAAAAAGGAAAUGUAAAAAGAUAAAAGAAAA